AUGGGAUUAUGCAGUGGGAAGCCUAAUUCUUCUAAAAAUAAUAAACAAUAAAGUUAGAAUGAUGUAAAUAAAGAAACUAUAUAUUAGAAAAUUUAAAAUAUUAGUCUAUAGAAAUAUAAUUCACCUGAUUCUCACCUCUAAAGAAAUAAUAGACUUGGAAAUUUUACUCAACCAAACAGUGCUUAACACUAAUUAACGAUGAUUUUAGAAACUUAUCAAAUGCAAAGAGAAAAACUUAAAUAAUCGCCUAGAACUAUAAGAUCACACUAAACGUUACUAAUAAGUAAAAGAAAUGCUGAAAUGAAUAAAUUAUAGGAAAGUGAUUUCAUACCUUCUGAUGAAUUGAAUAAAGAUGAACACUGUAUUUAUAAAUACUUUGUUAAUAAAAUUACUGGAAGAAUUUAUUAUACUAGUUCUUCUGACUUAAGUGUAGAAAAUAUUCAAUAUAGUAAUAUUCGACUAAAUAAAACUGCACUUGUAAAUAAUUAUUUAAGUUUAGACUCAUCCUCAUAUAAUUGAGAUUUUAGAAAUAGAAAAUGAAGAAUAAUUGUAAAAAGAUAAGUUAUAUUUUGAAUAUUGCUCUUUAGAGAGCUUAUAAGUUUAUAUUGAUAAGCAUUUAGAUUUAAAUUUAGAAUAAAUUUCAAUUAUUGCGUCUUAAAUUAUUUCAGUUGUAGGUCAUUUACAUUCUAAAUAGUUAUAUCAUAACAAUUUAGAUAUGCAAUCAUUUCAUUUUUUUGUGAAUUCUAAGUAUCAUUAUUUGAAAUUAACAAAUAUAAGUGGAAUAUUUCAAUUAAAGAAAUUAGAAAAUAGUAGCACUAAUUUUGAUACAAUAGAUAAGUAUAAAUCACCAGAAUUAGAUAUAUGGUAAAUAGGUUUAAUAAUUUACUAAAUGAUUUCAAAGUUAAAUGUUUCGAAAAUUGCUAAUUAUAAGGAUUUAGAUAAUGAAAUAUGGUUAGAGACAAUAAAGUCUAAUUUAAGACUUCCAUAAAAUAUAAUUGGAAUCAAUUUGAGAUCUUUAAUAUUGGCAAUGUUAUAAUUGGCUCCUUAAUAAAGAAUUAAAAUUGAAUAAAUUUAGGAGAAUAAAUUUAUUUAAUUAGGAAAUUAAGAAUUUGUUAAACUACAUAGAAUGAAACUAAUACCAUAAAAUGUUCAUAAAAAAAUUAAUUAUUUAUAAAAAUGCUUUAGUUUUUAUGUGAUUUAAUCUAUGGUUCCUCAAUAAUUUUUAAUAAUGCAAAAACUCUAUGAUAUAUUAGAUAAAAUUGAAGAUAACAGUUUGAAUUUAAUAAAUCUAUGUAAAUUAAUGUAAGAAUUGUUUGAAGAUUCAAAUGUGAUAUCUGAUUAUUAAUAAUUGAUAGAAUCUAAUCAAUAAGUUGGAUUUUAAGAUUUUUUAGUAAUGAAUAUCAAUUUGAGUAGAGUACUAACAAUUGAAAAUUUAAGAAAAGGAUUCUAAAUAUUAUCAAAUAAAAGUUAAUAUAUCAGUAAAAAAAGUUUAGUUAGACUUAUGUAAACUGAAUAAUUAUCUUUAAAUAAGGAAUUUGAAAAACAUUGUUUGAGAUGGAGGGUAUUUAUGAUAUAAUAUUAAAUAAGUUUACUUAUGAACAUUUUAUAAAUUUUAUGGAAAAACUAAAAUGA